CCCUCCCUGAGAAUUGUAAUGGACCUCAGAAGCACUCCUGCCCGGUUUCUGGACAAGUUCAUUGAACUCUAUCUCCUGCCGAACACACAUUUCCGCAUGCAGGUCAAACAAGCCAUCCACAUCAUCUGCGAGUUCCUGAAGGAAAGGUGCUUCCGAAGUGGCCCCUACCGUGUGCGGAUAUUGAAGGUGGUGAAGGGUGGCUCCUCAGGCAAAGGCACUGCCCUCAGAGGUCGAUCUGAUGCUGACCUGGUUGUCUUCCUCAGUCCUUUUGACAGUUUUCAGGAUCAGUUACAUCUCCGGAAAGAGUACAUUGAGGAAAUUAGGAGACAGCUGGAAGCCUGUCAAAGAGAGAAAUUGUUUAGCGUGGAGUUCAAGGUCCAGAAUCCAUUGUGGAACAAUCCCCGUGCACUGAGCUUUGUCCUUAGUUCCUCUCAGCUCAAGGAGGAGGUGGAGUUUGAUGUGCUGCCUGCCUUUGACGCCCUGGGUCAGUUAACCACAGGCUAUAAACCAGACCCCAAAGUCUACGUUGAGCUCAUCCAGGAGUGCACCCGCCUGAAGAAAGAGGGCGAGUUCUCCACCUGCUUUACGGAGCUGCAGCGAGACUUCCUGAGGCAGCGUCCAACCAAGCUGAAGAGCCUCAUCCGCCUCGUCAAGCACUGGUUCCAAAUUUGUAAGGAGAAGAUUGGGAAGCCACUGCCACAGCAGUAUGCUCUGGAGCUGCUGACAGUCUAUGCCUGGGAGAAAUGGAAUGGUGAAACAGAAUUCGAGACAGCUCAAGGAUUUCAGACCGUCUUGGAAUUAGUUAUAAACUACAAGGAACUUUGCAUCUACUGGACAGUAAAUUAUGACUUUAGCAACUCUGAGAUUAAAGAAUACCUGAAAAAGCAGCUCGAGAAAUCCAGGCCUGUGAUUCUGGACCCAGCUGACCCUACAGGAAACGUGGGUGGUGGAGACCCAGAGGGCUGGCGGCGGCUGGCACGAGAGGCUGAAGCCUGGCUUGGAACCCAGUGCUUUAUAAAAUGGGAUGGGUCUCCAGUGGGCUCCUGGAUCACGCUGAUGAAAGCGACAGUGAGGACCAGGAGACUUGGGCUAAUGAGGCGUAUCCAAGACAAGGUUAUGUUGGGACAUAUCAGUAUCCUGAUUUCUCUCAGCACUACAGCACAUCCCAGGCAGUGCCCACUCCACAGACAGAAGAAAACUGGACAUGCGCCAUCCUUUGAAUGCCAGUGCAUCUUGGGGGAAAGGCUCCAGAGUCAUCCAGACCAGCCUCCUCACUCCUCAUUUCCAGGCAGGACCCUUGAUCUGGGAGGAUAGGAGAUUACCCCAAGUCCUCAGUGAAGCUGGUGUACAAUCUAGGAUCAGAACCCAGGUCUCCUGACCCCUGUCCUUCCACACCCUCUCUCCUGUCAUAGAUAGCACUACCCACAGCCCCGCCUCACUCUGCCUGUUCUCGGACAACAUUCCCUGAGAGGCACCAGAGAGAUGUAGACAAGAGAGUAGGAUUUCAGUUUUGACUUUCUUCUGUGUUUCUGAUAGAAGGGUUAUGUUCAAUGUAUUAUCAAUAAUAACAAAAAGAUAAGCAAA